AUGCUCGGCGGUCUUUCCAUGCUGCGCGCGGGUGUUUUGCGAGUACCAGGGCGUUUAUCGUCUGUGAGAGUGAUUCGUUCGUUCCCGAGCUCAUCAGUGCAUACAGCCGUGACGAGAUUCGCAUCAGGCGCAAGUUAUGGCAAUGUAGCAACAGCGUCGCCUGUGUUAACAAGCGCGCGAACGUUUUCAAGUGCACCACCGCCAACACCACAGCAAACUGUCGCACCGAACCUAGAUGCUAACAAGCCUCAUGCAGAGCACUCCGACAAACACAGUGUCUUUCGCCGCCUGUCGUUCUACCAGCGCUUUAAGACGAUUAUGAAACUGUAUGGAUGGUGGGCGCUUGGCAUAUAUUCGCUUCUAUCUGGUAUAGAUCUCACCUUGACAUUUGCUGGAAUACAUUUCCUUGGUGGCGAACACGUCGAGGAACUUGAAGCAUUGCUGUACAAGUGGAUAGGACCAAUGCUCAAGAAACUCAAGAAAGAGGAAGAGCCCAAGGAAAAUACGUUCUUUACUUACGUGAAGGGCUGGUUCACCACGGAGGAAAAGGCGAACGAAAUGGAGCACCUCAUUGCGCGUCUAUCAGGAGAGUUCGUGCUUGCAUUUGCAAUCCACAAAACUUUCCUGGUUCCCGUGCGCGCUGGUCUGACUAUACUGAUAACGCCCGGCAUUGUUCGUUGGCUCAUCAAGCGGGGCCUCGCGAGACCACUUAAAACUACAGCAUCAACAGCGAUCUGA